AUGAGCAGUACUGUUUGGCACUAUAGAGAGACAAAGAGAGAGGCUGAUGUGCUGCAGUGCUAUCUAGUGGCAAGUUACAGCAAAAUCGAUAACGCGAAAAUAUUCUCCAUGGUCAAAUACCAACUUUUUAUUUGCGCUGCAGUUUCGCACAACGAGAAAAAAUUUAUUUGUAAUGAUGGACAGGUAAUAAAUGUAGACAAAAUAUGCGAUGGGUUAAAAGAUUGUUUGGAUGGCGCUGAUGAAACACGAAAGUUAUGUUAUCAAAUCUUAUGUCCAGUGAGUACGUUUCGCUGUCACUAUGGAGGCUGCGUUGCAAGUAAUUUGAGAUGUGAUAGUAUUGAGCAUUGCGCCGAUGGAUCUGACGAAAAUCAGUGUGAAGAACAGUUAAAUAGCUGCAGUACAACUGAAUUUAAAUGUUCUACUGGAGAAUGUAUUCCAGUUGAAAAACUUUGUAAUGGAAAUUCAGACUGUAAAGAUAAUACAGACGAAGGAAGUAUUUGUAAAAAACUUACAUGUCCACCCUUUACUCAUAGAUGUAACGUUGGAAGUUGUAUUUAUCUUGAUCAACGAUGCGAUGGACACAGAGACUGCAUUGAUGGAUCCGAUGAAUCAACGAUCUUGUGUUCAAUGUUAAAUUGUACUAGUGACGACUGCUAUAAUAAAGAAAAUAUGCAAAUAAAGUGUCCUCGAAUUGUAUCAGACAGAAUAAAUGUUCGCUGCGAGAUACCUUCUGGACCAAAGAAAGGAGUUUAUCCUUGUAACCAACCCUUACCACCAGGAGCAGUAGUCCACUAUGAAUGCAAGGAGUAUUAUAUUCCAGCUAGUCUCAAACAUGAAAAUAAUAAAGAGGUGAUUUGUCAGAUGGAUGGUACAUGGAAUCGUGAAUUAUUACGGUGCAUACCCGAUUGUGGGACAACAGAACUUGACAUUGCGCCAUUAAUAGUUAAAGGUUGGACAACUCAACGAGGAAGAUUUCCAUGGCAUGCAGUGUUAUUUACCUUAGAAGAAGGAAAAUGGAUUUUCACUUGUGGAGGUACAUUAGUGACGGAAAAAGUUGUUUUAACAGCUGCUCAUUGUGCAUGGAAUAUAAAAGAAGAAAUGCUCCAGAUCGGACUGAAUAAAUAUUACAGCGAUUAUUACCAAGAAGAAGACUACGCACAGUUUAAAAAUAUUUCGAAAAUUAUUGUUCAAUCUGCCUAUCAAGAUGCUGUAGGAAACUAUGGAUCAGAUAUAGCCAUUCUGGUUUUGAGUAGUUCGGUGGAGUUUUCAACUUUUAUUCGCCCUGCUUGUUUAGAUUGGAAUUUAAACGAUUUAUCUGAACAAUUAAGCAGUAACAAAUUGGGACUGAUUGCAGGUAUGGGGGUAACCGAAAAUGAUACGUUUAGUACCCAUCUUAGAGCAAUUUUUCUUCCCGUUGUCAACAAUACUUUUUGUAUCCAAAAGCAGAACAGGGAUUUCCAGAAGUACCUUACGUUUACAUCAUUUUGUGCCGGAUGGGGAAAUGGAACUGGAGUCUGUAAUGGCGAUAGCGGUGGAGGACUCAUGUUUCCUUCAGCCCAAAAUCCCACAAAGUAUUUUCUUCGAGGAAUUGUAAGUAUAAGCCCGCGGCGUCCAGGAACUUCGUUUUGUGAUCCAAAUUAUUUUACAAUUUUCACGAAAGUCGGCAUGUAUGUAGAGUGGAUACAUGAUAUUUUAAAAAAUAUUCAUGAUGACGUAAAAUAUGAAUCAAACUGGUUUAUACAGAAUUGCAAUAGAUAUUUCUAUCCAUUCUCAAGAUAUAACUCCGAAGAGUUUUAUCUGGAACACUCUGUAUUGGCAACAUAUUCCAGAUUAGAUCAGGCGACGUGCAGUUUAGCUAUAGAUAAAAACUUUGUUUACGGAUUAGAGUAG